AUGUUGUUCACUGUUUAUCAGCGAUUUCAGAAAUGUGAAUAUGUGAGAACAAAGUUGAUCAAAACUGAAGGUCGUGGUUGUGGUCUUUUAAUCGAGGAGAAUAUAAAGGUUGGACAGUUCAUUAUUGAAUAUUGUGGAGAAGUGAUAUCAUCGGAAGAAGCAAAGCAAAGGUCUGAAACUUAUGAAGCUCAAGGUCUCAAAGAUGCAUAUAUUAUUUCUCUUGAUGCCAAUUCUUUUAUUGAUGCAACUCAAAAGGGAAGCCUGGCUAGAUUUAUUAACCAUUCAUGCCAACCCAAUUGCGAGACAAGGAAGUGGACAGUGUUGGGGGAAACAAGGGUUGGGAUAUUUGCAAAACAAGAUAUUUGUGUUGGAACUGAACUGGCAUAUGAUUAUAAUUUUGAAUGGUAUGGUGGUGCUACUGUUCGUUGUCUUUGUGGGGCGGCUAACUGUUCGAUAUUUCUUGGUGCAAAGUCUCAUGGUUUCCAGGUCUAUAACCAUGUAUGGGAAGAUGGUGAUGACAGCUGUCAAGAUGCUCACUGGAAUUGUGGUGUCAUGUGGAUGUUUGAGUUCAAAGAGUUGAUUACCAACAGGAUGAAAACUACUUGUGUUCUUUUUGAUAUCUGGAAGCAUAGGGCAAAUGGUCUUUCAGUCCUAAUUUUUUACCCUUUUUACUUCCUUCCCUCAGCAAUACGGAGAGUAUAUUGCCUUCUCUGCAAGCAUUCAACCUACCUAUUUGAAUGCAGAUAUACGGUUGAGGAAAUCCCACUCUAUGAUUCUGCUGAGGAUGAGCCUUCGUUAAAGCUCCCCAAUACUACAAGCUCCUUUAAAUCUGAAUCCAUAGUCACUGAAAAAAGUUACUACCCCAUGAUAAUAGAUGGUACUGUGGGAUCUGAACAUCAGUUGGAGUCCAAUGCACGCAGUGUUGAGUCACUUUGUUCAGUUCCAUUGGAAGGUGCGGCAAUGAAUACAGGGAAAGCUGAAAGGACAGAGGAUAUGAAACUAUAUUCACAAGAUUCUCAACCAGCCUUCCCACAAAAAAAUGUGAUGGCAUCGAACAUCAGAAGUGAUAGUGCGGGUCGGAAUUUUAACAUUGGACCAGGCUCUGAUUCUAAGAAAAGGUCACAACAGAUUCCAAACAGAAGGUCAAAACAUCUCGGCCGAAAGCAAGUCAAUGCAAAAGAUGUUGCUCGGUUAUUUGCAUCUAAGGAAGCACGAGAGGAAGUCAUGGAAUAUGAGGAAAUAAAAAACCAAGCCACCUCUAAUCUUAAUGCCGUAUAUGAUCAAAUUCGUCCUGCCAUCGAGGAACAUGAGAGGGACAGCCAGGAUAACGUACCUAUUGCUGAAGGAGAGAAGUGGAUAAAAUCCGAAUGCUCUAAAUUGAAAGCGGAGUUUAACUUCCAUUUCUCCAUUGUCAAGAAUGCUGUCUGCCCUCCUCAAAAAGCAAAUGGUGAAACAAAACCUGAAGGAGGAGAUGAUGAACAGACAAAUUAA